AUGGCAAAGUUCCUCGCAUCAGUCAAAGCCAUCAUCACGCGCCUUAUUUUCGGUGCCCACGGACUGCUGGCCAUCUGGCAAUGCGUCACCAGCAAGGCCAAUCAAAUCUGGUGGCUCCUCUCGGCCCCAAUCCUCCUCCUCGUGCUGGAGGCCAUCUUCACGCUGACCAUUAAGAAGAACCAGGAAUGGCGAUGGUUCUGUCCGUCGGUCUUUCUCUACCUCAGCAGUGUCGUGCCAGCUAUUUGGCUGCUGGAGCUGGAGAAGAUGGAGCGGAGACUGAGGCUAAUCGGAGAUGAAAUUCCAAUUCAGGCGCCAAAUUUUAAGCAAUUGGAUAAAAUUCUUGGAACUCAACUCAAAAUUCCAGACAUUAAAGUGGACACAGGGACGUGGAUUACACUCAUUGAGCAAUUCCUAAUGCUUAUCCUUAUCGUGGGACGUUGGAUGUUGCCCAAGGGUGAUUUGACGAGGGAUCAGUUGAGCCAACUUUUGCUGGUUUACAUCGGAACAGCGGCAGAUAUCAUUGAGUUCUUUGACUCCUUCAAGGACAAUACAAUCGCCAAUGAUCGUCUUCUGGUCCUGCUGACACUCGGCAUUUGGUCUUGGAGUCUUCUCCAGUUCACAAUUGUCCUCUCGGCCACCAGAGCAAGGAAACCCCGAGGAUCCGGCGGAACUUCUACGUAUGACCAUGAACUUGGUUGCUGUUGCUGCACUUGUUGCAGUAUCGACGCUUGGGGCAUUGCUCUCAACAUUCUCCUCCAGGACGCGCCCUUCUUGGCAUUCAGGCUGCUCAUCAUCAUCCACUACAAUAUCAUCUCAUACAUGAAUGUCUUCUUCACAUGCAAGAACACUCUGGUGAUCCUCCUCCAGCUGUAUCGAUUGUACGUUGUACACACGGAGAACAGGAAGAUGAAGAGCAGACGGCAGGAGAGACGCAUGAAUGACAUCUACAUAAUUUCAAGUGGCAAACAUGAUGAGGGGAAGAGAAGGAGCCGAAGGAAUGUCGAAAGUGAUGGCAGUGAAAUUGAGGAGAAGCACGAGAGUGAGAAGAGAAGGACUAAAAAUAGACAUGCAUCCGCUGGCAAAAAGGACACCGGCUAUUCCACAGCGAGCUCCCAGACGACACUCACGUCCAAAUCCAAUGAGGAAUCACAUCGUGGCGCGAAGUCGAGUGGCAGGAUAAAGAGAUCCAGCCACAGAAGCAACUUAUCGCCAGCACGGAGCUCCAAAUCGAGGCGAAAGCACACUAUUGACACUGACAAGAAACACCGUCGACGAUGUGAAUCCGCGGAUUACGAGAAGAGUCGCGGCAGGAGGAGACAUCGCCGCGAAGUUGAGCCACUUAAAGAGGAAGACUCCAAAUCCAACGUCAGCGAGGAAUCCAUCCACUUUAAAGUGGUCAACGAGAGGAAGUCGAAGAAAAAGCAAAAGCUCUCAGUGUCGUCAGAGUCCGAAACUUCGGUCACCCAGUGA